AUGUCUACAACAGAUAAUUCUUUUAAUUCUGGCAAUGUAGCUUGGGUUUUAGCUGCAACAUGUCUCGUUUGGAUAAUGACUCCGGGUGUAGGCUUCCUAUAUAGCGGCCUUGCUCAAAAAAGGCAUGCCUUAUCAUUAAUAAUGCUAUGUUUUUUGUGCAUUCCAAUUGUAUCCAUACAGUGGUUUAUUUGGGGUUAUAGCUUAACAUUUAGCAGAACUGGCGGCCCCUUUAUUGGUAAUCUACAAAACGCGUUUUUCAUGAAUCUUAAUUGGGAUUCUGGUCCAACACCCUCAAGUGAACAUGUUUCAGAAUACAUAUUUGCAAUCUUUCAGUGCAUGUUUGCUGUUAUUACCCCAGCUUUAAUGAUUGGUGGUGCUGCUGAACGUGUGAAACUAUUACCUACUAUUAUAUUUAUCUUUAUCUGGUCCACAAUUGUUUAUGACAUCAUCGCCUCAUGGUGUUGGUCUGCAAAUGGCUGGUUUACAAAAUUAGGUGGUCUUGACUUUGCAGGUGGUAUUCCUGUACAUAUAUCAUCUGGCGCGGCUGCUCUUGCUUUCUGCUUUGUUCUCGGAAGGCGCCAUCAAAUUGACAGACCUCACAAUCUUAUUAAUGUAGUCAUUGGUACAGUAUUGUUAUGGUUUGGAUGGUUUGGCUUUAACGGUGGUUCUGCCGUAGCUGCUAAUAAUCGUGCUAUUAUAGCUUGUAUCGUAACAAAUCUUGCUGCUUCAUUUAGUGGUCUUACUUGGAUGUUUAUGGAUUAUAUUAAAUUUAAUAAACUACGUGCUGUUAGUUUUUGUAGUGGUGCUGUUUCAGGAUUAGUUGCCAUAACUCCGGCAUCCGGAUAUGUUGCUCCUUACGCUGCUGUUGUUUUUGGUAUAGCAAGUGGGAUUCUUUGUAAUCUUGCUUCUGUAAUGAGGACGAGACUUAACAUAUAUGAUGAUGCCAUGGAUGUCUUUACCAUUCAUGGUAUAGGUGGAUUUAUUGGAAAUGUUCUUACUGGAAUUUUUGCUGACAAAGAUAUUGUUUUUAAUGGUAGUCGUGAUAUUAUAAAAGGUGGUGCUAUUAAUGGAAACCCUUUUCAAAUUUUAAUACAAUUAUCAGGAA